GCCGAGUUCGCCUAUAUCCAUGUCUACGUCUCCCCGUCUCUACACCCUGAUUUGAGCGCGUACUUUUCUGGGGGGCGCGAUGCCACGUUUUUCCUUAAUAUAGUAUCAAGAUAAUAUAUGUCUUCUCGUUUGCGUUACAGCAAUCCAUCCCCCCUCCCUAUUUCACCGCCUGCCCAACAUCGACCGAGGUAGCCUGGACUUCGCGAGAGCCAAGACGGUAAUAUGGAUUACCUGGUUCUACGGCUCUGGAAGACUUUGACACUAAGGGGGCCGUAGUUUAAAAUAUCUCCGGUCCGGCAAAGCUUUUACCAAGAUGGGACGCUCCGUUUUCCUACGGGAAUGCAGUCGCUUUUAUUUAUCUUUCCUGCCAUCACGUCUUUCAGGACUCGGAUUCCCAAAGCCAGAAAAGAGCAGCGAUUGCGCGAUUGCUUCCUAGGCUCGGGAAAGAUUUUUGUUCCUCAACUAACAUAAGGCGUAGAAGAGAAGAAGAAUGAUGCUUACAUAUUUUAUACCUGCUCUGUUGGCACUUGCCAGCGGAGCCUCUGCGGCUCUCAAUGUCACAGGUUCGACAUGCACGGUAACACCUCUACCGGUUGAGGGUGGCAAGGAACCGGACGACACACAGCAGAUCCUCGAUGCCUUCAAGCAAUGCGGGAAGAACGGCAAGGUUAUCUUAACGGAGGGUUCAUUCCACAUCGGGAAGGUGAUGGAUCUUAAAGACCUGAGCAAUGUGGAUAUUGAGAUCCACGGUACGCUACGAUGGUCCUCGGAUAUCCAGUACUGGCUGGGAAACAGUAUCGGCGUCGAGUAUGCGCAGCGGUCUACGGCCUGGCGCAUUGGUGGCCAAGAUAUCAGCAUUCGUGGCUUCGGCAAGGCAUUAUUUGAUGGCCAGGGCCAGUUCUGGUAUGAUCAGAACCGUGGCGGAAGUAACCAAGCCGGACGGCCGAUCAGCUUAACGCUCUGGCAUGCUAAGAAUGUUUUUAUCGAUGGAAUCACCUGGAGGCAGAGCCAGUUCUGGCACACCUUCGUUGCGUACAGCGAGAACAUCACCAUGACGAACCUAGACAUGAACUCAACCAGCAACAGCCAAUGGAGUACCGUGAACACUGACGGUACCGACACUUGGAACUCAAAGGACGUCUUCAUCAAGAACUGGACAGUGACCUGCGGUGAUGACUGCAUAGCCAUCAAAGGCAACAGCACCAACAUCCAAGUCUCCGACGUGCACUGCUACGAGUCCGGCUGCGCAACCAUCGGCUCUCUGGGCAACAACCCCGGCAACGCGCCAGACUUCGUGCAAGACGUGACCUUCGACAACAUCACCUGCACGCACAGCUCCAACGCAGCCUGGGUCAAAACCUACAGCGGCAACGGGCUCGUGCGCAACGUCACCUUCUCCAACAUCCGCGCCGAGAACGUCAACCAGCCCAUCUACGUCACCUCGUGCAUCUACACGGCCCGCGGCUGCGACCAGAGCCGCCUGCCCAUCCAGGAUGUGCGCUGGAUCAAUGUGACGGGGACUAGUCGGUAUAAUAUUGCUUCUGCGAUCCACUGCUCGGCUAGCAGCCCUUGCUCGGGGUUUAGUUUUGAGAAUGUCGAGAUCACCCCGCUGGAUGGGAAGAGUACGCCCAAGUACUUGUGUAGUAAUAUCCAGGGCCAGACUGAGAGCGGCAUCCCCUGCACGGGGACGUGCCCGGCUGAUUGGCCGCAGCAGUUGAGUGGAAACCGCUGAGUUUUAUCGUGGAAGUAAAUGAUGGGAUGAUGAAAGGAGAAGUAGAUAGGGGUUCUUGUCUGGAAUAUAGCUACCGUUAUGAGCAACCGAUAAAUAUUCGUGU